AUGCUCGGGGUAUCUCUUAAUGAUCACGUAGACGAUCGUAUCCAUCGCCGAUUAGUGUUUGUAUCAGAUAUGGUUGCAGCCAUGUGGAAAAUAAAAUCAUUUGUCGCUGAAGAUCGUGGAGCAUUUGGUGAAAUCGACAGCACCGACGAACAUGAAGCACAUAUGCCCGUAACAAGCAUUCUGAUGUUUCUUACAUCUUUUGCGAUGCUUUGA